AUGUAUAGCCAGUUUGUGGCAGGGGAGACUCUACCAGCUAUACAGAACACAAUAAGAGAGCUACGUCAAUGUGGAAUAGGAACAAUGUUAUGUGUCCCUAAUGAAGAGGAUCUUUCAAUUGAUUAUGACAACUUUAGAGAUAGGUGAGCUUGUUUUGACCUGCGUUUCAGAGAGUCAACAUCCACAGUUGUAACAGUCUCAAUUGCAACUUUUACUAUAUUUUUAGGAUCAUUACAAUGUUACAACUAUUCAUGGAAGUGGAGGUGACUGGUGGUAGAUAUUUAUCCAGCUGCAAAGCCAGUGAGAUUAACUCAUUCAUUCCUACAGUGAUUAAAAUAUUUUUGGACGCAAAUCUUGCAAGAAUUACUUAGAGGUGAACAGCAAAGGACAAUCGGAGUGCACCUCCAUGCUAGCUAUCCACUGUUACAGUUUAUGGUAUACUAACAUUUGUUAUCUAUUACAAAUUAUUAAUAUCUCCCUAAUCACUAUGAUUGUAUUUACUGCCCAGUUAUUUUUUUAAUGCAUAUCUAUGUAUACUAGACACAUUAAGAGCAAUUAAAAAUAAUUGUUAAUUCAAGGAAAAUUUCUCUUGCAGGGAAGCUGUUUGAUAGAAAUGCAAAUGCCAUCCUUGACUGUAUAGAAAAGACAGGUAACUAA